AGCGGUUGUCCAGGAGAAGAGCGUCAUGCGCUGCGACGUUGGUGCUGCAUACACUGCAGGAAACAACCCAGGAGAAACACACAGAGCAGGAGAUGGUAGAGGUCCCCAUGGAGGAAGAGGACGUUGACCCUAAAGACAAGCGUCCUGUAGCUUCCACCCCUGUUCCCGGAUCUCCAUGGUGUGUGGUGUGGACAGGGGACGACAGAGUAUUUUUCUUCAACCCAACGAUACAGCUCUCUGUUUGGGAUCAGCCAGUAGAUCUGAAGGACCGUGGAGAGGAUCUCAACAGGAUUAUAGAAGAUCCUCCACAUAAACGCAAAAAGGAUUCUUUGUCCAAGGAUGGUUCUAACUCUCCGUCUGCUGAUGACGAUGAUGCUGAUGAUGAAGAUGAACAUUAUUCAAAAACCAAGAGGAACAAACUGGAGGAACCUGUGGAUGGUAAUGAGGACUUGAGAGAGAGGGCAGGCGCAGAGACAUGUGACUCUCCCCCCCAUCGGACUGUUCUACCCUUAGGACUCCGCAUCACACACUUCAGGGACAUGCUCCUUGAAAGAGGGGUUUCAGCGUUUUCCACAUGGGAGAAAGAACUGCACAAGAUUGUGUUUGAUCCACGGUAUCUUCUGCUAAACUCUGCAGAGGAGAGGAAACAGGUGUUUGAGCAGUUUGUCAAAGUGAGGAUGAAGGAAGAACACAAGGAGAAACAGAGCAAACUGCUGCAAGCAAAAGACCAGUAUAGAAAACUUCUAGAGGAGUCGAAAAUCACAUCCAGGUCAACUUUCAAAGACUUUUCUGUUAAGUACGGCCGUGACCAGCGCUUCAAGCAAGUGCUGAAGAAGAAAGACCAAGAGCACUUCUUCAACCAAUUCAUUAAUGGGUUAAAGAAGAGAGAUAAAGAGAACCGCAUGAGGCUGAGGAAGAUGAGAUGAGGAGGUAUGAGGCUGAGGAAGAUGAGUUGAGGAGGCAUGAGGCUGAGGAACAUGAGAUGAGGAGGUACAGUAUGAGGCUGAGGAACAUGAGAUGAGGAGGUAUGAGGCUGAGAAACAUGAGAUGAGGAAAUAUGAGGCUGAGGAAGAUGAGUUGAGGAGGUAUGAGGCUGAGAAACAUGAGAUGAGGAAAUAUGAGGCUGAGGAAGAUGAGUUGAGGAGGUAUGAGACUGAGGAAGAUGAGAUGAGGAAGUAUGAGGCUGAGGAAGAUGAGAUGAGGAGGUAUGAGGCUGAGGAACAUGAGAUGAGGAGGUAUGAGGCUGAGGAAGAUGAGAUGAGGAGGAUGAGAAGAGGAGGUAUGAGGCUGAGGAAGAUGAGAUGAGGAGGUAUGAGGAGGCAUCAGGCUGUGAAAUAGGCCUAUCAGAAUACAUAAGACAGAAUACAGAAUACAGAAUACAGAAUACAGAAUAUAGAAUACAGAAUAUAGAAUACAGAAUACAGAAUACAGAAUAUAGAAUACAGAAUACAGAAUAUAGAAUACAGAAUACAGAAUAUAGAAUACAGAAUACAGAAUAUAGAAUACAGAAUAUAGAAUACAGAAUACAGAAUACCAUUGAAUGGAUAGAUAGAGCUGUGUGAUAAAUGCGACGGCAGUAAAGAAACGAAGGAACAGUGUCCCUGUGGAAUCUGUCUAAAAGGUCCAGUCAGCAGUCAGUCAUUUGCCUCCAGAUGUACAGUCAGCUGGGUCAGAGAUGGCUUGGCUCCACAGAUGUACAGUCAGCUGGGUCAGAGAUGGCUUGGCUCCACAUGCUAAGCAGGUCAUCCAGGUAACUCUCAGAAAUGGAAUACUGUUUCAUAUUGAAGCUACUGUAUAUAUUGAAAUUCAACAUUUCACAUGUGUUGAGUCACAGUGACAAACAUGAAUUGAGCAUCAUUUCUGUAUUUAUUUUGUGUUAUCACAUGACCCGUACGUAGAUAUCAACGUGUGUACACAAUCACACAGCCAAUGCACAAUUAUAAAAGACAUCAUGUACAUAUACUGAAAACAAUCCUGCAAAGCAAUUGGUAUUUUCUAAUUAUUUCAAACAAGGUUCUCCACAGCAUCUGUGAGAAUCAAUGGAUGGUAAUUGUGUAUUGAUGGAUUUUGUAAAUGUCCCCCCCCCCAAAAAAAACAAUUAUGUUGUGUUUAUUAUGAUGUGGGUUCUUCUUAUGAUGUAAAAGGAUAAGUUAUUGUUGCUUAUUUGUCAUUUAAACCGUCGUUCAUGUGAAAGUCAUACGUAGUGCAUUCUCUGUAACAGGUCGAAGACGUUAUGUGAAGAUUCUAAAGGACUGUUCAUUUGGUUCUGAACAUUGGGAUUUCACAGAUAAUAUAGUUUACUGUACAAAACAGUGUCUUUAAAAUGUGUGUUAUAUGUUGUUUUUCUCAUUUAUUUAUUUUAAUUUAAACAUGCAAUGUUUGUGGGAUUGUGAGUUUGAUUAAUUAAAACCUUCUAAAAUGAACCUUUUCGGUCAGGUGGGUUCUUCUCCAUGAUACAAUAGCUUUCAUAAUUAGAUGGAGAACAAGAUCUUUUGGGGUCCUCCCCAUAGCAUCUUCGUAACCACAAUAUGCAUGGAUGGGCACAGUAGAAUGGAGUUUGAAGAUUGACAAUGCAUAUCACAUAUAAUCUAAGGAUUGACCCUAGAAGUGCUAUUUUCAU